AAAGAGUAUUGGUUAGAUCCAUGGAAAAGGACAACUGGGUGGUGGAUGAUCAUAUCCACUCGGAACAAGCACUAGAGGAAGACUCCGAGUUAGACGACGUCAAUAAUGAAACUUUUGCUGAUGCAGUGGACGUGGACUAUGCUUGGGAAGAAGAACAUCGGUUGGUAGCUUCCCAGUUGGAAGAGGAAAAGAGGAAACAGCGACAAUGGUACAUCGGUUCUCAAGUAGAAGAUAAGCUUCGCCUCCUGUCUUUACAACCACAGACUUCUCAAGAAAUGAACCGUGAUACUAUGCACACUCCAGUUGGAAACAAGGACCCACUCUAUGCCAACGAUAUUUGGGGUACAAAUCUUUUUCAAGGCAACAGAAAUGAUGCAAGGGAACUACAGCGAAAAACAGCUUGGAAUGUCGUUGAUUCCCGUAGGAGACCAAACAAAGUAUUGUUUGCUCAAGACUUGGAACGGUCUCUACUAGAGAGUAGCCAAAGAAGAACCACACAAGUUCCAAUUUCAAGAGGCUUCCUAGAACCAACAGUCAGUGGUGAAAGAAGAGACCCAGUAAUUGGUAAAGUUUUUGCACGACAAGAAUCAACCUCUUUUGAAAAGGACUCGGCUCUCACAAAAAAGAAACCUUGGGAAACUUUUUCUGAGAGUAAAAAGUUUGAAGACGAAUAUCCUUCUUUAAAAGAAUCCUUCAAAACACUUGAUAGUAGUAGGAAGAAGGGAGCAUCAUUCUUUCAAUCUUCUCAGUCGAACAACCAGUUUCGUCAACCUAGGGAUAUCUCGAGUGGGCAUCGACAAAAAAGAACGGGUUAUCAGAAGAGGAGUGAUUCCCGUCAUUUUGUUAGAAGGUUAUAUUCCAAGUGGAUGACUUGUUCUGAAAUUGAGCUCAUAGCCAAAAUGCAUAUUCGUCAGUUGGAAACUUCGAGUUGGCCUGUAGAAGACUUUUACUGUCAAGCAUAUCGCCAGAAAGAGCAAAGGAGAAGUGAAGAGCAGUUGAAAGAAUAUCCCUAUUCUCGAGAUACAAAGAAGAAAACUUUGAGGAGUGGAUAUUUUCCUCAUCAUUCAGAGAACAAUCUUAAAAUAUUGGAACGUGCACUUGGUAGUAUUCAAGGAUAUAAUCCGAAUGCACCCCGAAGAAUGGUUCAGGUUGCACUUGAGUCUGUUUCGGAUAGUUCAUUGGAAAGAGACGAAGCCCAUGUGACAGAUACACCUUUUCAUGAAGACUCCAGAAUAGCAGCACAAAGUGUCAUAUCUUUAGCAUUUGACAUAUUGUUUGAUUUGGAAGAUGAACUGAGCGUCUAUUCAUCAGUUGCAGAAUUAGAAGAACAUAAAACAAAAAUGUCCAGAAAACUGCUUAAUACAUUUGGUAUUACUGUUGAUGAAAAUUUACGUGACGAAACGAGAAAUAUUUUUAGCAGAAUUUGUGCUUUGCCAAAGGGUCGAAAACUAUUGAUUCGAUGUUUUUCGGUUCUUCCUCGUACUUAUCUGACACCAUUGUUAAACAUGAUUCUCUUUAGUUUGGGUAUGAUUUUGAAACGAACAAGCAAAGCACAGUUGGAAGAGCCCAGUUGGCAGCAAUUUGUAGAGAGCGUCAUGCACUUUAUCGAGGAGACGGAUGAUAUUUCUGUCCUCACUGAAUGGACGCACUCUUUUGCUGUAGGACAUCAAGAAAACAAAAACUUUCUUUUUGUGAUAACUACAGGCUCAAGUCUCUCAUUGGUUGUGACUUUGUUAUUUAGUGCAUGUAGUUUAGACUCCUCACGUCAACCACCUUUGAAAAUGCUUUUGAACAGAUUAUGUGAACGAUUGAUAUUAUCAGUGGAAGAAAUGUUUAAGCAUGUGGAACAUUCCAUCGUAUGGCAGUUGGUUGCGUUACUGGAUGGCUUUGUGGACACAAUGCUUCGAGAAAAGUUGCGAAUGAUCAUUAAGAAACUCAUUGAAGAGCAACGUAUUACUUUAUCUACAUGAUUGUAUCCCACAACAUUUAUACAUCUA